AUGCUUGGCGACGGGAUGAUGCAUGCAAUCAUCAGCAUGCUCGGAGGCGGGUCGCUGGAAGGGCCCGCCACCGAGGACGAGCGCGCGUCCCUCUCCACUCUCCUCCAAAGCGAGAGUGCGGCAAGCAUCAAUGGCGCGAGGUUUCGCGAAAUCCUAGCGGUGCACUGCGCGAGGCUUGCGGCGCUGCUCCGCCAGCUUGAGGUGGCUCUGCCUCCCGAGCUCGUCACCGCCAUUGUCGAGCGUGCGGCGUCAGUGGAAUCCGCCGACUUGACGCUGUGUGGCGGCGGCGGCGGCGGUGAUCCUCCGUGUCACGGGCUGCGACGGCAUCACCACGCCAUACAGUGGGGUGCGGGAGGAGGCAGCACCGCGCUCGUCACUUGCGCUCGCUGCGCCAGAGUCGUGACGGCGAGCUACAUUCCGCGCGUCCUGCCAGAGACGGGCGGUGGCUGGUAUGCGCUGCGGAAAGUCACCGUCACCGCUGGCGAGGCGUCCUUCAAGCAGUGCCGUCACUUUAUGCUUGAGCAGGCUGGCAACGUUGGCGAGCGGUCAACACCGGACCCGUCCUGCGCCGUUCGCCAUCGGUACUCGGGGCUGCACUCCUUCCGCACCGUCGUGGCAUCUGAGUGGGUCUUGCGCGGCCGAGUCAGCUACGAGGUGGAGCUGGCGCGGCUGUGCUCUCUCUCCGCGCCGCCCGCAGUUGCAGUCGGGUGUGUCACGCCGACGUGCAACGUAAACUCCGACACCGCGUGGGCGCCCGGCUCCCGCUGCUGGGAAGGCGCGUGGGGCUUCUGCGUCGAGGGCACGGGCGCCUCCACCUUUCAUGAGAUUCGCGCCCUCAGCCAGUCGCAACGUGCCUCGCGUGGCGGCAGGACGAGUGGGGGAGAGUGGGGUGUGUGGGAGGAGCCGGACCUAGAGGUUCGCUCUGGCGACGUGCUCGUCGUGACCAUCGACGCGACGCGGCGCGCCCUCGGGCUGCAGAUGACGCGGCACGGCGCCGCGGUGGGAACGGCCCGGCUGCUGCCGCUGAACACAGAGCCAGUGGAAGGGGAGGAGGAGCCGCUGGCUCUUGCCGUCGGCCUCAAGUAUGCGAACGACAGCAUCCGCCUGACGCGUAAAGAGGCAACAGGCAGGGCGGAGCGCGACUGGGAGCCCGGAGCGGCCGGGUGA